GUUUGCCAGUGCGCACUGGGCAUCAAAAGCGCAGAUAGAGGCAAACAAUGUCACAAAAAAGGACAUAUCCUUCAGGUGCAGAAAAAAGGAAGACGAAGAAAGUGGAAGAGGAGAAAAAAUGCCAUGAUAAAGGAGCAUUGUUAAAAUACUUUGGAGGCACAGAAUCAGCCCAGAGCCAGUCCACAUCCUCAGGCUCAACUGUGAGUGAUGAAUCAGGUCCAUCUCCAUCCUCUACAGUGCUCUCUCACACACCUCCAUCCUCUGUGCCCACUGUCCCCUCCAUGUCUGAAACCACAGCUGAUUUAUCUACAACUUCCACCACAACGUCCCCAUCACACCAUGGACCAUCAUCAGCUUCGCCAGUUGACCCAGCUGAGUGGCCUUCUUUCCUCUCAGAUUCAGACAGGACUGAGCAGGUGAUGAGAGGACCACUGUCUAUUAAGGAGAACUUUUCAUUCCCCAAACGGCAUGAUGGCCGAAGUUUUCAUUAUCAUUAUACCUACAGACAGCUAGUCAAUGGGGAAAAAGUCAAGCGUAGCUGGCUGACUUAUUCAAGAAGUAAAGAUGCAGUCUAUUGCUUUUGCUGCAAAUUAUUUUCCAAAAAGUCCUUGAAACUGGCAGCCGAGGGACAGCGGGAUUGGGUCAACAUAGGUGCACUGCUGAAACAGCAUGAAAUCAGUGAAGAUCAUUGUAGCAACAUGGUGAAAUGGAAGGAAUUUGCCUUGCGUCUUUCAAAGGGGAAAACUAUUGAUGAAUUUAACUUCAGUAGACUGCGCUCUCUUUGUACAAAGUAAACAUUAAAUAUGAACAAUUAACUAAAAAUAUAAACUAGUAAUUACAUUUUAAGAUUAGGAACCAUAUGUGGCACUCUGGACAUCAUUCGUUCAUUCAUUGGUAUUAUUUAUGUUCUUAACUGGGCCACCCCCAUAUCUUUAUAAAUGACAUGUCAUUUGUAAAGACAUGCCAGGCUGACAAUAGGAUAAUGUAAACAACACUGCCAGAGCCGCAAUGAGUUUAUAGUAGGUGUGUGAAUGAUCAACAAUCAAUAUUAUUGGCAGAAAUAGAGGGCCCCAAAAUCAAAUUUUGCUUAGGGCCCCAUGGAGGCUUGGGCCGGCACUGCUUGUGUUUUU